UUCAAACAGUUAUUUCGCUUGGCAAAUGUUCAAGUAUUUUUGUGUGGAAUUAUUGUUGAUUGUUGAUGAAACAUAAUCCAUCAUACAAUUGCGUGUGCGAGCGAUCAAAAUAUAGAGAAAACAAUUAACACAGGUUUUAAUGAAGAUUUAAUUAUUGUCAUCGAGUAAAUGGUUCUAGCAGAUACAUUAAGGUAAAAUAUAUCAAGACGAUGGAAGGGACAGCAAGUAAUAACGAUAAAGAAGCUUUCAAGUUAAUAAAAAAAUCAUUUAUCAAGACAUAUCGUGUUUUUAAAUAAAAUCACCUUCAAACGAAAUUUACAAUGAGCAUUCUAGUGCUUUCAUUCCUCCUCAACAUCGCAAUGCAAACUCACUAUCCGUCGGCAGCAGUUACAGCUGAAACGCCCCAACGAACGGAUGUCAAUUUAGUGGAUAAAACUCCCACUUCUAAACCCGCAUCAGACGUUGAUUUACCACCAACAUUACCAAUGACCUUUGGCACUGAAAAUUCUUCCGUUAUUUUUGCUCAAUCUGGAUCUACUGCUCAUUUACCUUGUGUCGUUCGAAACGUCGGCGACGGAACCAUAAGCUGGAUAAGAAGGAAAGGAGUUCAGCAGUUGUUGACUGUUGGGCUGACAACAUAUGCGAGCGACGGACGUUUCCAGGCGAUCCACUUUCAUCAUAGCGAAGAUUGGACUCUUCAAAUAAAAUACGUACAAACUAGGGAUGCUGGGAUGUACGAGUGCCAAGUGUCCACUCAUCCACCCGCGAGUAUAUUUCUGUUUCUCGAGGUCGUUGAGGCGAAAGCGGAAAUUGAUGGACCUCCAGAAAAAUUCGUGCGCCCAGGUAGUACUCUUCAACUUCACUGUCAGGUAAAAAAAUCAACGGAAACACCGUCGUAUUUGUUUUGGUACCACAACUUCCGUAUGAUAAACUACGACGUCGAUCAAGGUGUGAAUGUUAGCACCGAUCUCAUAAGUCGUGAAAGCUGGCUCGAAGUGCCAAAGGCAUUGGACAGACACUCCGGAAAUUACACCUGCGAGGCAAGCAAUGCUCAACCGGCACGAGUGUACGUUCAUAUUUUUAAUGGCGAUAAUCCUGCGGCUAUGCAGCAUAGUCUAGCAUCAGGACGAUCAACUUUUCUUGCAACUUUAGCCUGGCUCAUCAUAUCCACCGUCCUCGAGUUCGCUGUUGACUUCCGUCUCCUACAACUUUUUUAAAUAAUAGGAAAAGCUACAAUUUAAAAAAAAAAUUAUAGAGUACUACUUCUGUAAGCAUAUACUCUUUUUAUCUUGUAAUAACAACCACAUGUAAAUAUCUAAAUUUUAUCAUCGAAACAUGAUAUUG